UGGCUGGGUUCUAGACGUGCAUGUACCUAUCCCCUCCACCUAUCCACCUCCACUACCUCACCGGAAAGGAAGGACGAGCGGGUGGGCGACUGUAUAGAAAGCGAAAGAAAAAAAAAAGAGAUUUGAUCAUUCCAUUCACUACUGCUGUCAGGUGUGGAGAUUGUCCAACUCCGCAGAAGCAAGAGAGAGAGAGAGAGAGACAUAUCACAGCUACGCGAUUCGAGUCGUCGACCACCACCCCCAUUAUUCACCAGCCAUGUCCAUACCAUACCCGCCACCCACCGGCCUGACUCUCUCCUCCUCUCCAGCGCGCGCGUUGGCUGGCCCUCGUUCGCUUACCAGCACGGCCGACUUGUCGUUCCGGGCUAGCGGCCCUCUCGCUUUCACUUCACCCUCGGCCACUAAUCCGCCCGCGCCCGUCAUGGCCACCGCCAGCCCUCACCGCGCGGCCCUCGCCUUGCUACCCUUCAGUCCCCCCUCCAUCAUCAUCGCCAUCGCCAUCAUCUCGUUAGCCGCCUCAUCGUCAACGUCCUUUUGGUGUCUUGUGUCUGUCUAAUUGUACAAUUAUACAAACGCUUUCUUCUCUGCCCCUGCGGACCGGAUGCAUGUACACCUGUGUGUGCAGCACACAUACACCCACUACAGGGCGCUGCCGCUGCCAACCCACCACCUCCACCAUCAUCACCAUCCUCUUGCACAGUAGUGCUGUGUGUACUGGUCGAUCGGCAUGCAGCGCUGGGGGGAUGCAGUCCAGACGCCUUCGCAGGUGUUGAGCGUCUGCCAGGGUGCCGCCCUCGUCCUCUCUCCACUCCGCAAUCUCUCUUGACUGGCCAGCCACCCCAACGACCUCUUGCUCAUCUGCCGCUCGCUGCUGACCUGCUUGUCCUGCCUGUCCUAUGUCAUCCGCGCGCUCCAUGGUCCGCGUACCUACUACACCUGUGCCUUGUACUACCACUGCGACUGCUACUGCAAUCCACUGCACCGCUGCCUCGUUACGUUUCCCACCCAGCACUUGGCUUCGCGCCCUUACUCAUCUUGCGCAUAGCCAUGUAUGUAGCACGCCCGUUAGUCAUCGCCACAGCCCAACUCAUGGCUCGCUUGCACUUGUGGCUGUCCGCCAAAGUCAGCAUCACGAUGCCGGAUACUCUGCACCAUGCAGGAACAUUCACAUUCGGAAAGCCAUGGCGGCAGCCGUGUGCGAUGCGUCCAGAUGGAAACGGAAUCACGCCAACACUGUGGAUCCUCAUCCUUCCUGGCUCCUGUCAUGGUCUUACCCGUGCAUACACACUCGUUGAUCAACGAACUGAC